CACCGGUGGCGCGUCGUUCUCGAUCAAAAGAUCGGUCCAGAGAUCGUUCUCGUUCCAGAAGUAAAUCAAGGGGAAAAUCGCGCGGAAGGUCCCGUCAGUGCUCUAGAGGAAAAUCGCGAGGUAGAUCACGCGGUAGGUCCCGGGGUCACUCAAGAGGAAAUUCGCGACAUAGAUCACGCGGUCACUCGAGAGGAAAUUCGCGAGGUAGGUCCCGCGAUGGUUCAAGAGGAAGAUCGCACGGUCGGUAGCGUGAGAAGUCCACGGACAGGUCUAGAGGAAGAUCGCGUUCUAGAGAGUACAGGUGGCGUGGUGAGAAAUCUCGGUUCAGGAACUCGCAGAGGCCUCGUUCUAGAGGAAGGCAUUGCUGUUGGCGGUGCUGUUGCAGGAAUUGAGCUGGAUUAGCCGAAAAAAAAACUUACCAAAAGAGAGUACCUAUAAAAAUUUAUUGGUCUACCGUUAUCGAAUAUAAAAAUGCAAGAACAAUGAAUGCAUUAUUAUGUUUAUAUGGCUUUAUAGUAUAAAGCCAUGUAAACAUAAUACUAUAAGUUUAUACAGUCAGCUAAUUGCUUCGUCGUUAUAGUUUGAAGCCCUCGCCACUUUUAAUCAAUACCUGUACUCGUUAAAAUUUGAAAUAUUUGCUAGGUAGGUUUGUGAGCAGCACCCACCCGAAUAAAAGGUUUGCUCCUUUGUUAAUAAUUUUCUACGUUCUCAAACUGUAGCACGUGCAGCACGUAAGUAAGAGUCCGUGCAUAAUGUUCGUUAUCUCUCAGUGAUUGCAAUUCAUUCAAAUUAACUACAGCAACCUCAGUCGCAGCGUGUAAUCGGCGAUAGCCAUGUAUUCGAUUAGUUUACAAGUUGUUGACUUGCAAGGAUAUCUGUGGCUUACGGCGUACUUCCACUACUUUACGCCAGGCAGCCUGCGUCUCAAGACGAAGGUGCGUAAAGUGGCUGUUUACCGUCUACAAGAGCUUAUGGACAAUGGUCCUGUGUUGGAGACCCGGAGAUGGAUGAUGAAGUACGAGAGCCCGUACCCCGGGUACUGCCGCGCGCCGGGCAAGGCCGCCUGCCUGCCGCUGCUCUGCGACUGCGACUACCUUACCGACAUAUGGAACAAAAAAUGGAGGGAUAACAGUACACGUAGCAAUAUAAGACUUCUUUUCAAAAAAGAUACAAUAGCAGAAACAUAAAUACUUAUCAAAGGGAUAUUUGCUAUAAGAUGAUUUCAAUUAAAUAAAAUAAUAUUCGG